CUCCUCUCCUCCACACACGCCUCCUCGAGAUAACUCACACUUAUUCGCGAUAACCACUUUUCUUAUAGAUCGGACUAAUUAUUUAAGACUGGAAAACGGUUUAGCUGAAGUGACAGAAACGAGACAGGGGCCGUGAAGUGAACAUCACACAUUUCCGGGCUCCCUGUCCAAUGAAAAUGUUUCAGACCGUCCCCGACACUUCGUCUUACGUCAAGGAGGCACUGUCAGUGGUGAGUGAAGACCAGUCUCUGUUUGAGCCUCCUUACGCUGCUGCCGCUCCAUUACCCAAGACAGACAUGACUGCGUCCGGCGCACAGGAUUACGGACAGCCCCACAAGAUCAACCCUCUUCCCCCCCAGCAGGAAUGGAUCAACCAGCCUGUCCGGGUCAAUGUCAAACGAGAAUAUGAUCACAUGAAUGGAUCCAGCAGAGAGUCCCCGGUGGACUGUAGUGUGGCUAAAUGCAAUAAGAUGGUCGGUGGGACUGAUGCAUCUCAGAUGAACUAUACUGGCUACAUGGACGAUAAGAAUGCUCCGCCCCCAAACAUGACAACCAAUGAGAGGAGAGUUAUUGUCCCAGCAGACCCUUCUCUCUGGUCUCCAGACCACGUACGGCAGUGGUUAGACUGGGCCAUUAAAGAGUAUGGUCUUCAGGAGAUCGACACGGCCAUGUUCCAUAACACAGAUGGAAAAGAACUUUGCAAGAUGAGCAAAGAGGACUUCCUGCGCCUUACCACCGUUUAUAACGCAGAGGUCCUUCUCCAACAUCUCAAUUACCUCAGGGAAAGCAGCUCAUCGAUAUCGUACAACACACCAUCUCAUACCGACCAGUCUCCUCGUCUGGCUGCCAAAGAAGAUGCGUCUUAUGAGGCUGUACGGAGAGCAGGCUGGUCAAACAGUAUUCACAGUGGAAAAGGCUCUCCAACAGUCGUGUCUCAAAACGUAUCCAAGAACACUGAGCAAGCUCGGCCUCAGCCAGACCCUUAUCAGAUAUUAGGACCCACCAGCAGUCGACUCGCAAACCCAGGAUCAGGUCAGAUUCAGCUGUGGCAGUUUUUGCUUGAACUUCUUUCCGACAGCGCCAAUGCCGGCUGCAUAACCUGGGAGGGGACCAACGGAGAGUUCAAGAUGACAGAUCCAGACGAGGUGGCGCGUCGCUGGGGCGAGCGCAAGAGCAAACCCAACAUGAACUACGACAAACUGAGCCGCGCCUUGCGCUACUACUACGACAAAAACAUCAUGACCAAAGUGCACGGAAAACGCUACGCCUAUAAGUUUGACUUCCACGGCAUUGCUCAGGCCUUGCAGCCUCACCCGACCGAGUCAUCCAUGUACAAGUACCAAAACGAGCUGCCUUACGUACCCAGCUACCACACCCACCAACAGAAGGUCAACUUCGUUUCGCCACAUCCACCCUCGAUGCCCGUCACUUCCUCUAAUUUCUUCGGGCCCACCACCCCGUACUGGAGCUCACCAACGGGAAUUUAUCCUAAUCCGAGCAUGCCGCGGCAUUCCAACACUCACGUGCCUUCCCACCUAGGCAGUUACUACUAACGCUCUUCACUUCUCACCCUAUAUGCCAAAACUUGAACUGCACUCGGAGAGAAUAAUUAAAUGGAAGCUGGAUAAGGAAAACGUGGAAGUAUGACUUUUGUUUGUUUUUGAAGAGGCAAAAAAAUGUACAAAGAAGGAAAUGUUGGAAAAAGCUGGAAAAUGUAAGUAGAGAGGAGAAAGGCGGACCAAAUCAUGGCAGAUACUCUUCAGAUGGAAUACUACUUAUUCAAAGGACAAGUGGCUUUUUGUUCAACGUUUGUUUUGGAGAGUGCGUGCGUGCGUGCGUGUUGCUAAAUGCUCUUGUGCCUUUCUACAGCCGAAAGCUGCACCAAUAAGCCUUCUACCAAAUAAAGACCACGCUAUAGCGUAGAAAUCGGUGAACGACCGAAAAUAUGAAUCACUGUAAACUCACCCUGUGUGUUAAUGCAAUUGUGAACCGAGUGUUUGUAUUUGUUGGACCUAGUCCCUGUUUCUCUUUGGAUUUUAUCUUGGUUACAUGAAUUUGUCUUUUUUUUUAGUGACCAAAACGUUUUCGCUGCAUGUGGCAAAAUCUGGCAACUGGAAAAAUGGAAGGGUUCACCCGUCAGGUGGAUUUUUUCAUUGAGAGCUUCUCAGGCUAGCUGGCUAAAGCUAAACUAACUUUUCAUCUUUAGCAGUCCUCUGUGCUGAUGACCAAGAUGGUGUCGAUGUGAAAGUAUUAUAAAUGAUAGAUCAUUUGCAUAUCUUUAUCUAUAUGUAAGUCCCGUGUAAAUGCAUAAGUUGUCUCAGCGCUCUUACUGUCUGGCGGGAUUCGUGUUUGCAUCCCCCUCACUGGCCAGUGAACGUCCAUUCGAUUUCAUCUCAAAAUAGCCAAUAUGCCAAGUGUCAAUUUAGUUCAAAUGAAAUUGAUUUACAUUCCUCUAUGUCUUAAAACUUUUUUGAUAACUGAAUGUGGGCAUCAUGCAAGUACCUCUGUUAAAAUAAAAAAAAUUAAACAUAUAAAACAACAACACAUAAAGUUGAAACCAGAGAUUCGCGAACGCUGUGCGUUUGUCAGACCUAUUUGCUUGUUUUUUGUUUUGUUUUUUGAUCAAAGGUCAACUAGGCAUUAAGCAUCUUACUGUAUAAAUUAUGCAGAGCUAUUUUCAUAUGUGACAGUGUUAAAAUCAUACGUUAAUACGAGUUGACCUCGGUCAAAAUGCAAACUUUUUUUAUCAGUAACUGAAAGUAGUUUGUACUACAUAGGUGUUUUGUAUCUGUACAUAUGGGCGAUAAGUUUAUGAAUGUUUUGUAGUAAUUUUCGGAAAAUGCUUUUUUUGAAAAGCCUUGUGCAUUGCCAUGACAAUAGGAAAGUUAUUUUGAUAUGUAUUUUUUAUUCCUUGAAAAGCAAACGUCUUACCAAAACCUCAGGCUUGGAGACAAUCUGUUUUUACAUAAAUCAAGGUUUACCACACUUCCAAUGCCAAUUGCCUUUAAGCCAAUCACCAGUGUUGGUUAACCUAAUAUGUGCCAAAAAAUAGUUUUGACAGUGUUAUACAAGUGUUGGUUUCCUGUACAGUAACAGUUAAACAACAUGUAAUUAAAAAGUCACAUUAAUUCAUCUCUUUUAAGGGAUCACUCUCGGAUAUGAAGGAAUUGUGCUAGUUUAUAUAUGCAAUGUAUUUUGGAUAUUAAAUUUAUGACUAUAUAAAUAUAUAUGAAAUAUUGCAAUUAAUCUUUUUGUUAAUUUUGUUGUUUGCAAUUUAUGAAGUAUUGCCUUUGUAAAAGGGUUUGUAUAGGUAAAAUGUGACAAAAUAAAUGUUUUUACAUCAAAAA